AUGUCUACCACCAACACCAGCACCUUCAUCCCAGCACAAUUGACUGACAACAUCCAGCCAGUCAUCACUGCUGAAAAUGCCAAGUGGAUGGUUGAGGAGGCUACCAGGCUUAUGUGGGCCCAGCUGACACAGCCACCUGUCAACCAGAUGAUGAUGGUUCAAGAGGCUGAUGUGAAGGAUCAUGCAUGGUAUUGCCUUCAUCACCAGCCUAAGUCUCACCCAUAUUACAAGGUCAUGGAGGAGCUUACCAGACCUUUGUUGAGGGUCAAGCACCAGGCACAGCUGGUGGAUAAGGGGAAGGGGAAAGAGUUGGGUACAGAUGAGGCUCAAAGGAUUUGGCUUCCAGAAACUAUGGCUAGAACCACUGGAGUUGUGAUGCAGAAGCUGGGAAAUGAGGAGGAUCAGAACAGGGAGAAGGCAUGGGGCCAUAGCCAGUCAAGAUGUGGCCAGCCAGCAGCAAAGCCUGUUGAUGCCAGUGAUCAGACCAGUAGAGGCCAGAGCCAGUCAAGGAGACCAACAAAGAAGGUGAAACCAGCAGUUGAUGAGGAUGUGCAGGACUGGCAAGACAUCAACAACCCUCCUGAGUCCUGGGAGGUAGUGCCAGAAGCUGAGCAGUGCGUGGGAUGCCAGGACAGGAGUUGGCCCUGCAUGGUGCUAGCUGGCAGGGCAAUGCUGGCAAUGCCACUGUACCAAAUACUCAUGCAGCUUGUUCAAGGGGAGGGGAGACAAGUCCAAGAUGCAGUGAAAAGGCUCCUAUUCAAGGCCUUGCCAGGAAUAAUCCCCAGAAGACAUGGCCAGCCUUCCCACCACUUCAACACUGGCUGCACCAGCUCCAUUGACCAGUCAACAAACCAAACAUCAAAGGGCACCAAUCCAAAAUCAAUCUGCUGGUCCAUCCAAAGUAAAAAGCUGUCAUUCAUCCCCUGGCCCAUGGACUGGCUGCCCCAUGGAAAUUAUUACUCUGUCAUGGCUAUCCUGGUCACAGUCUUGUGCAAGAAGCAUUGCAACAGACCCACCCAUCACUCCAGUGCCAACUACUACAACCAGUGCCAAUGA